CCGGAGGUGCCGGAGGAAGCGGUGGGCAGGCGGGUGUCCUGCGGCGGGGAGCGGGCCACGGUGCGGUACGUGGGUCCGGUACCACCCACAGCAGGGCUGUGGCUCGGCGUGGAGUGGGAUGACCCCGACAGAGGGAAGCAUGACGGCAGCCACGAGGGAGUCCAGUAUUUUACAUGCAGUCACACUAAAGGAGGUUCCUUCGUCCGCCCGGCGAAGGCGAGCUUCGGUGUGGACUACCUGGCCGCUGUGCGACAGGUGUACCAGGUCGACACAGAGGAGGUGCUGAGUGAGGAGAUCUCCAUCUCUGACAAGAAGCUGAAGUGGUGGUGCGUCGAGGAGCGCAGUUAUGAGAGUCUUCCGUCAGUGAUACUGAGUCGCUGUGAGGUGAACGGCCCCGGAGACGAUGGAGAAAUCAAGAAAACAACACCCAACGUCCAGUGGUUGGACAUGAGUGGGACUCUGCUGUCCUGCUGGGAGGACGUGGCCGCCGUCACGCAGCAGCUGGAGAGACUGGAGGGACUACAGCUCAGCAACAACAGACUGCGUUUGACCUCUGACCCCUCGACUCACUGCCAGGCUUUCUGCAACAUCAAAGUCCUGGCUCUGAACAGCUGUGACCUCACCUGGCCACAGAUCCUGCACUGCGCCCCCAUGUGGCCUCAGCUGGAGGAUCUGUGUGUGGAGGAGAACAACAUCACAGAGCUGCAGAGGCCGGAGGACGUCCUGCAGUCCCUGAAGAGUCUCAGUCUGUCCUCUAAUCCUUUAGUCCAGGAGAGCGUGCUCAGUCUCUCUGCUCUGCCCAGACUGGAGCAGCUGAACUUGUCCAACACCGGACUGUCCGUCAUUCGCUUUGACGACGCUGCACCUGGAGCUCCGACAGAAAUGUUUCCCGCUCUGAAGAAACUCAGCCUGGACCGCAACAGCAUCACUGAGUGGUGUGUGGUGGACGAGCUAGCCAAACUUCGUAGUCUGGUUCAGUUUUCGUGUCGUGGCAACCGACUGACGAGCAGCGACCGAAACCCCAAAACAGCCAAUCAGAUACUGAUCGCCAAACUGGGACGACUGGUCCUCCUCAACAGCUGUGAGAUACAGCCUGAAGACAGGAAGGGGGCGGAGCUUGACUACAUCAAGAUGUUCGGAGAGGAGUGGCUGAAGGCAGGGGGGCGGAGUCAGGCCAGCGCCCAGUUCAUCAGUCAGCACCCUCGUUACCAGACCCUCAUCGACAAGUACGGAGCUCCAGAGGAAGGAGAGCUGAAGAAGCCGGAGCCGUUCGCCCUGAAAAAUCAGCUGUUAAAGAUCACGUUUGUGUUUCCUGAUGCCGGCGAGCGGAAGCCGAUCGAGAAGAAGCUUCCAGCCACCAUGGAGGUUCAGAAGGUGAAGGGACUCCUGUACCGACUGCUGAAGGUUCCUGUGGCAGAUCUGAAGCUCACCUACUUGUCAGGAAAUUACCCA